ACAACCCCACUACUAAACAUGAAUAUCAACCAAAUCAACACCAAGUUGAUCAAACCAAUAACCCCAACUCCCCAAAACCUCAAGAACUACCACAUUUCCUUCCUAGAUCAGCAUGUUGUGAAGAAGUACAUUGCCGUUGUUCUCUACUACCAAUCGGCCCCCGACAACGGCCGGUUGGAAGACUCGCUCGCCGAAACCCUAGUCCACUUCUACCCUCUCGCCGGAAGAUACAUCAAGACCGAUCUCACGGUGGAUUGCAGCGACCAAGGCGCCGAGUUUAUCGAAGCAGAGGCACGAGGCGACGUUCGAGUCACGGAUCUUAUCGGGAAGACCGACACCAUCCACCUCUGUCCAGAGCAAUACUUUGGUCUGGACGAAGGUGUUGAUGAUCCGCUCCUCUCGAUCCAGGUCACGCGUUUCUCGUGUGGCGGGGCCACCAUCGCAGUCAGCGUUUCACAUAGGGUUUUCGACGUGUCAUCUCUGGAGACAUUCCUUUCUGCGUGGUCGAGCGCUAGUAAAACGGGUGGAGGAGUCGCCCCGGUCAUCCCAUCUUUCGCGCUCGCCUCGUUGCUUCCAAACAAGGACGAAAAAUUCGGGCUGGAUUCCAACAAGUGUCAAGGAAAGGAGCAAAAGAUUGCUGUGAAGCGGCUUUUGUUCGAAAAAAGGGCCUUGACGAGGCUCACGAGUGAGAGAACGUCUGGCGUCCGUGCUGCUUGUGCCGUCAUAGCAAAAGCCCUGAUCCGUCUUGACCGGACGACACAUGGAAAAAGCAGAGACUUCGUCGUGUUUCAGCCAAUCAACAUGCGGGGGAGAACCGGCGUUCCGUCUCCUAAAAACGCCUGUGGGAACAUGUCGUUUGGCUCGUUCACGCGGCGCGUUUCUGCUAAGGAGGAGGUCGGGAUAGGGGAGCUCGUGGGCCUGAUCGGGGACGGUGUGCGGAGGGGCAUUGCGGAAUACACGGAGAUACUGUGCCCGGAUCGAGACGGGCGCGAUGUCAUCAUACAUGUACGCAACAAGAAUAUAAAAGAGGUGUUUAAAUCUGAGACCUUUGUGGUUUCUUUCACAGAUUGGAGCAAGUUUGGAUUCUAUGAAGUGGAUUUUGGGUGGGGGAGGCCCAUUUGGAGCGGCGUUGGGCCGCAGCGGCCGCGUGGGAACCAGACUAUAAUGAUGAGAAGCAAAGAGGGAGAUGGGAUUGAGGCGUGGGUGCACUUGAAUGAGGAUGACAUGGAUUUGUUUGAGCAAGAUGUGGAGAUCAAGUUAUUUAUGUCGUAAAAUAUUUAGUAAUGUUUUUAUGAAUUCACUGUUCGAAUAAGUUUUGUAACCUGUGUUUCUUACAAUUAUGGUGGUGGUCAUGGUAGUAGUAGUAUUAUUAUCAUUUUUAUGUGUUAUGUUAAGUUUUCACAAUUGUAUGAAAAUAAAACAAGUUUUCAUAAA